CCCCAAUCCAAGUCCGUUCAAGUCCGUGGCGUCCAUGUCGCAAGCGCAAAUGUGACUGUCGUUCGAAAGGUUUUGUUUCCGUUCGUCCUUUACAACAUCCGAUCAACCAUGGGAAAACCUCAGAAGAUUGUCGUCGUCGGUGCAGGACCCGUCGGGUCGUUGGCGGCUUUGUAUGCUGCACAGAGGGGCCAUGACGUUGAGGUCUAUGAGUUACGACCUGACCUCCGGGAUCCUGGCACUAUCCCCCUCAACUUCACUAGGUCUAUCAACCUCGCGAUUUCAGAGCGCGGAAUCAACGCCAUGCGCCAUGCCGGCCAACCAGGUCUCUUGGAGCACGUCAUGGCUACCACUAUUCCGAUGAGAGGACGUAUGAUUCACGGACGGCGACCAAAUGGGACGUUGUUCGAACAAUCUCAAGACUAUGACGCCAAGGGCAGGGCUAUUCAUGCUAUCGACAGAGCAGGUCUUAAUAAGCGAGUCCUUGACAUUUUGGAUGACAUGCCCAAUGUCAAAUUAUUCUUCAACCACAAACUUACAGGUGCCGACUAUCGCACCUGCAGGGCCUGGUUUGAGGUUCACGACAACAACUCGGACAAUGAAUCCCGUGACAAGGAGAUUGACAUUCCUUUCGACCUAAUGAUUGGAGCUGAUGGCGCUCAUUCCGCCGUCCGUUAUCAUUUGAUGAAGUUCACACGAAUGAACUACCAGCAGGAGUACAUUGACACCCUGUGGUGCGAAUUUCAGCUUAAACCCGUUCCCACGGAUGAAUCGGCCGAUCCUCUCUCGAAAUUCAAGAUCUCUCCCAACCACUUACACAUCUGGCCGGGCAAGGAUUUUAUGUUCAUCGCAAUUCCAAGUGAUGACGGAUCCUUUACUUGCACACUCUUCAUGCCCAGCAAAGACUUUUCGGAUCUUGAGAACAACCCGUCCAAUUUACCUACAUUCUUCGACCAGCAUUUCCCUGGCGUCACCAGCCUGAUUCCGGCUGAAGAGCUUAUCCAGUCCUUCAACACAAACCCUCAUCUCCCACUCGUCAGCCUGAAGUGCAAGCCAUAUCAUUAUGGCUCCUCCUGCGUUGUUGUCGGAGAUGCGGCCCACGCCAUGGUCCCGUUCUAUGGACAAGGCAUGAAUGCCGGGAUGGAGGAUGUGCGGAUCUUGUUCUCGAUUCUCGAUAAGCAUGCCCAGAUGGACGAGACCAAUGACCCGGCCAGCGAGGCGACUACCUCAGCGACGCCUGCCUUCCAACGAUCUCUCGCACUCGCCGAGUAUUCCGCUCUCCGACCAGCCGACGCCCACGCCAUCAAUGACCUCGCGCUGCAGAACUACGUUGAGAUGCGCUCAUCCGUUCUUUCCACCCGGUAUCGAUUGCGGAAGUUCCUUGAAGAGUUCAUGAGCGUCCACUUCCCCACCCUUGGAUGGCAAACCAAGUACUCGAGAGUCAGCUUCAGCAACGAAGGAUAUUUUGAUGUCAUUCGCAAGAGCGACGCCCAGGGCAGGACGCUUGUGCGGACCUUCUUUGCACUGGUAGCAAGCCCCUUUGCAGUCACGGCGGCUCUCCUCGGUUACAAGUACCGGCGAUCACUUGGCAACGUCCUUCACGCCCUGCGAACGUUGGCAGAUGGUCACCCCUAGCGAAAGUCAGAGAGUGUCAAUUUCCAUGCUUCUUGCGCUAGAUUGAUUGGAAAUUUGAACUGCAUAUUGAAUCAUGUUUGACGGAUAAGCUAGCCCUCCUCACAGCAGUCACAUUGUACAAUAGGGGGGGGGGGGGGCGCAUUUUGGUCAUCGCACAACUGAAAUGAUCAACC